AUUUUUAUCAAUUAAUAGCUAAUGAUAAUAAGUAAAUUGUUUAAUUGAUUCUUGUGCAUUGUACUUGUCUAGUCUUCUCGUCACUCGUGUAUCGGUGUAUUCUUGUACAGCCCAUGUACAUGUUAUAAAUCUUUGAUUCGACAAACGAAUAAUUUAUUUUCGAUUGAACUUAACAUAAACAUCAUUUACAUGGCAAUCAAUUUCAGGUGUCUGUUGUAUCUAGUCGUACACGUAUGAUGUUUUUGUUAUUUUCUAAAAAAACGACAGUAUUUUGUAUUUAUCAUGACAGACAGCCAAACAGUUAUCAUAAAUACAGAGCAUGAUGAAAAUGUGGAAAGAGCUCAUAAUAGUUCAACUACAGAAGCGUCGAGUACAGCCAGUGAUUCGCCAACGCCUACUAAUAGUGUUCAAGAUAAAAACUGGACACAUUGGCAUGGCCCUGCUUGGGGUGAUGAACAACGACAGUUAUUAGGUACAGAAGAAGAAGCAGAUUCAUCUGAUUGUGACACUGUCUCUACAGCUAAUAGUGUUGGAAUAUGGAGUAUGAAUGAAGAACAGAGUAAAUAUUAUGAAGAACAGUUUGCAUCAUUACAACCUAACCCAAAAGCACUUUUAGCUGGCUCAGUGGCCAGAAGUUUUUUCGAAAAAUCUCGAUUACCAUUACACGAACUUAAAGAAAUUUGGCAACUAUCGGAUGUAACUAAAGAUGGAGCGCUUUCAUUAGCUGAAUUUAAAUUAGCCAUGCAUUUAGUUGUUCUAAGACGUAAUAACAUUACACUUCCUAAAAAACUACCGCCAUCAUUAGUGCCACCAAACUUGUCUCCACAAAAAAUUGACAUAUCUAAUACUAAUAUUGUAUCGCCAACUAGCAGUAUCAAAAGCAAAGAAUGGACAAAGUUCGUUGAUUCUCCAACAAGUUCUUUAUCAUCACCUGGACCAAAACCGGUAAAUUUUGAUUUUCAAAAAUCUUCUGUUGAACAAGAUCCAAAAAUACUUCAUCCAGUUGCUGUUCGUGUUACACCAGGUAUUGAUACAUGUUUAGAGGACCAAGAAAUAGAAGUGCAGUCAAAUAAUGCUGAAGACUUUAUAUUAAUAAAAGCAAUUCAAAGACCACAAGUAAAAAAACCGAGUCAUAUUGGACCAGGAGCUAUACCACCUCCUCCUUUACCUACAUUUUAUGGAGAUGAUUUGAAUUCUGGACCAGCUAGUUUACCAGUAAUGACAUUAAAAAAAGAACCUCCUCCACCGCCACCACCACGACCAUAUCGUUCACACAUGCGAAGUUCCUCUCUUGAUCUCAAUAAGCUUGGAAAAAGUGUAGUUGUCAAUUCUGCUCACGGACCGCCUGUUGUCCCGCCAAGAAUAACUCCUAGUCCGGAUAAAAAUGGUGAAAUUAAUGGAUUGAGACAAAACAAUGAAAGGACUGAUUCAGGUCAGUUUGCUGAUUUCGCUCAGUGUCCUGGUGCUUUUCAAGUCUACAAGAAGCCACUUUCUGAAUCGCAAAGCAAUGAAAACUCUUCUACUGCUGAAUCAGAAGUUCUCAGUUCUCGGCCAACAGACAAUGCUGUAUUUUGCAAGUUAGAAGAAAGAAAUGCUCAUUUACGUCUAGUCUGUCAAGAUCUACAAAAUCAAUUGAGUGAGCUACGGGAAGAACGUGCUGGUUUACAAUUGCUCUUAGAUGCAGUUCUAAAAUCUUCACCACCGUCUUUUUAAUUUUUCUAUGUUUUAAACAUACCUUGUGAUUGUUUUUUUUUUGCUAUUAAUACCUCUUAAACAAUGUCAUUUAAAUCAUUUUUUUCCUUGUAUAACCUUUAUCACAAAUUUUAAAAAACUAUUAUUACAUAAUAUCGUUAAAUUAUUUAUUUUUAUAAUAUAUUUAGUUUAUACUUAUUUAUUAUAGUGGAUUAAUUGAUAAAAAUUAUGGAAUGUUAUUUUAUACCAUUA